AUGUUACGUGACAACAUGUGUUAUAAGUUCGGAUGGGUCAGAGAUGUCGUGAUAAACAAUGCUCAGGCAUUGACCACUGGACCUAAUCUAACAAAGCAGUUUCAUCAUGACAGUAAGGGAUGGAUAGAGUCUAAGACAGUCAGAUCAAAUCAGAAUAGACCUCACGGUCUUAAACACACCACCAUAAAUGGAUUCAAAGCAAUUGUAUUCUAUCUCGAUUCCAUUGCGUGGACGUUCACAUGUACCGUAAACUGCACGUACAAGAGAGGUCCAUCACACCGUGCAUUCUACGUCUACUCAUCGCUAUGUGCUCCAACCAUCAUGGGAAAUGAAAUGACCGAUUUAUUGAGGCAAGUGGAGUACCGUCCUACGUUGAAAGGUCAUUCGUGUUACGAACCACAUUUCAUUCAAUACAAGUGUCUCCGGAACAACCACAUCUCCUUCAUCGAAACAGCUAUAACAGAAACGGACGAAAAUAAAUUAGCUCAGUUCACCGAAGGUCCGUCCAUACUCACCAUUCAUUUCAGACGUGUGCGCUAA